CGUGCAGACGCUACACAUAAUGCAUUAUCACAUCAAGGGCCAACGCGCACGAUCCAGAUCCAGAAUCAAUCAAGCGAGGCCCUUCUUAUCCGAUCCUGUUGCCACGAACGCUAGUGAUGAAUUCACUUUUUGAGUUUCAGUAGCCUUUUCACAUGUUGGCAUGGUAUCAGCACGUAUGUGGUUGGAAAAGAAACAGCCAACUACUUACCUUGAGAGUAAAAAUCAAAAUAUUUUUAAAUUGUUCUUGUAACAGCGACACACACACAUACUUCACUCUCCGCUUCGUUUUGUAGCUUCAAGUUCCGAAAAGAACCCCCAGAGAAGAAGACGACCAAGCCCCGCGGCACACAUCAAAUAAACGGUAGAAGUUGUUGUAAUCCACAAGUACUACUUCUAAAUAUCAUGACGGUGCUUUUCUCUCUCUCGUCGCUGCUUGUGGCGAUGCUCCUGGCCAUCUGCACCUGUACCUACCUCCAGCCCUCCUUCUCCUUUAUAGACCCCAAGAGGCCGGGGUUCGGCGGCAUGGCGGGGCGGUUUGCGGUAAUAGGGAAGCUAUCAUUUGUAAAAACGUCCCCAUCCCAUAGUCAAGUUGGGAAAUCUGCAAGACAAAUCGGCAAGCUUUGGCUGCUGCGCAUGACAAGUUUGGCUGCGUAGUGUAGUCCUGUUUAGCCAGUUCAGAAGCAUCACAGAUCUAGCGCAUCAUGCUGGUUUGAGCGUAGCAAAUUCCGAAACACGACUCGACAAUGCUCAUCAUGGGGCUCCGUAUGAGAGAUAUUUUCCUCAUGCUGAUUUGCAGGACAACUGUGGGGUGGGGGCGUUUUUACACAGGAUAGAAGCGACUCAGUCCCUACGUCUCCAUUGGCUGUAUCGUCAUGGCCAUGGUCACGCUGGUGUAUCGGUGAGGAGGUGAUGGUGUCGUUUUGGUGGAGAUGAACGCAGAUAAUGCCAUGCGCAUCUACUUCUAUAAUCCAAAAUGAACAAAGAGAAAAAGCGACACACACAGAACAAGCGAGUACUUCUUGGUAGAAGUAGUGGCAGCUAGUUCUUUUAAAGAGGUACAAGAACUUCUUUUACGACUACUGCUGGCUUUCACAUUCACGCGACAAAAAAACGCAAAACGGAUAGCAGGCGCAGAUCAAAAAUCGGCUUGUUUAGCGAGG